UGUUAAGUUUUUUAAGUCUCACUUUCGGUUUGUCAGUGUCGCAGUUUAGCUUCCCACUCUUCCGCUUCUCUGAUAUAUUCGAAGUUUAAUUUUUCUCUACUUGUCUCUGAUAUUAUUAACCGACUCUCUCUUGUUCUUCGUCUCGUUUAUGCCGUGGUUUAAGAGGAUGUUACGAUCCUUGGGGUUAGGAAUUCUUCUCUUAAGCGUGGGGUUGGUCCUUUCAGAUACUUUCAAGAAAGUGGGAGACAAAGUAGUCCUAUCUCCAGGCUCCGUGUCUGAUCGCAUCACCAGCAUCACGUGGAAACAUGGCCCAGACAUCGCUGUGGAGUGGUACGGAGGUGAAAUAGUUGCGUACCGGGACUUCAGAGGUCGGUGUGAGGUGAGUACUUCCACUGGAGCGCUGACCAUCUCAAACCUGACUGUAAAGGACAGCGGCAUCUACACAGCAGAGAUCAACAACAGAGUCAUGAGUCCGACUAAAAUCACUGUUAUCUCUGCUGUCCCCAAACCCACUGUCUCCAAAUCGUGCAACCCUGAGAUGACCAUCUGUACUCUCACCUGUGAAGCCAGCAUCACAGAUGACACCAAACCAGUCACCUAUUCCUGGGUGAUAGGUGAUAGCCAGACACCUCAGCCUUCAAGCAGUCAGCUCAGAAUAGCAAAGAACGAUACAGGAUCUGUUGAAAAAUCAAUCAGCUGUCAGCUGGAAAACCCAGUCAGCAGUGAAAGGAGUGACAAUAUAAUCAUUUCAUUUGCAAGUGGUGAUCCACUGCAUUGGAUCAUACCAGUAGUAGUAGCAGUGAUUGCUGCUGCGUUGCUAGGGGCUGGAAUUGGCUUCUUUCUUUGGAAGAAAAACAAAAAAGGACACCUAGAAAUCGCACCACAAAAUGUAGCAAAUACAUCAGAAGAGACUGUACCAUUGGUUGAUAUAAAGCCCAAUGGAGCAGUAGUGCCAGCUCCUGAGAUACACAAUGAAAACGAGUUGGAGUCCGCAGAUGAUGAAAAUGAAGGAGAAAUCGCACCACAAAAUGUAGCAAAUACACCAGAAGAGACUGUACCAUUGGUUGAUAUAAAGCCCAAUGGAGCAGUAGUGCCAGCUCCUGAGAUACACAAUGAAAACGAGUUGGAGUCCACAGAUGAUGAAAAUGAAGGAGAGAAGUUUACAACUAUCUCAGAGGUCAAGGUUGAAUCUGGUAAGGACCAAAAACCUGCAGCAUCCACAGAUUCCAGCAGUAAGCCUGAGACGUCAAAAACUACCUCAGAGGUCAAGAAUGAACCUAGUCAGGACCAAACACCUGCAGCAUCCACAGAUUCCAGCAGUAAACCCGACAUGCCAGCGCUGGACUCAAAGAGUAAUGAGACGUCAGAUUCUGAGGCGAAACCUGAAACUGAGACGUCAAAAACCACCUCAGAGGUCAAGAAUGAACCUAGUCAGGACCAAACACCUGCAGCAUCCACAGAUUCCAGCAGUAAACCUGAGACGUCAAAAACUACCUCAGAGGUCAAGGAUGAACCUAGUCAGGACCAAACACCUACAGCAUCCACAGAUUCCAGCAGUAAACCUGACAUGCCAGCGCUGGACUCACAGAGUAAUGAGACGUCAGAUUCUGAGGCGAAACCUGAAACUGACAAUCUACAGGAACCACAGCAGGGGCCAGAGAGGACAACAUAGGACCAGAGACUUCUUCACCGAGUGUAGAAAGAGCCAAAUCUUUAUCCUCAGUCACUUAAGGACUGUUUGUAUUACAUAAGUGCACAAGGUGGAGGAAGGGAGAGGUUACAUGUUUGAUAUUUAAUGCUGUAUGUGUCAGAAAUGCUGUAGUAUCAUUAUUGCUUUUUCUUCCAUUAUUGCGAUCGUGGCUCAAGAGUUGGGAGUUCGCCUUGUAAUCGGGAGGUUGCCGGUUCGAGCCCCAGCUUGG